GGAGACUGUAAUGAAGGGAUGAUCCAACACAUUUAUAAACAUUAAAGCAAAGCGUGACGUUUCCUGAUGGCCUCUGACUCAAAGCCACGGUUGUCCCCACUUCCAUGGACAGAAGUACUUGUGUACUGGGUGUUAUCCUUUGGUUCUCAUCUCUACUCUUUUUAUAAGUUGCACACGUUUUCCAAAGAGCACGAAGAGGGAUUAGAGAGAGAGUUCAAGUUGGAAAAUGGUCUUUUAAAAGGUUUUAAAAGGGAUAUUUUAGACUUUGAGUGGAGUUUCUGGACUGAAUGGGCCAAAAAUAGUUUACUAUGGACUCUGAUCGGCCAUGGCAUAAUAUCAAGAUUAACCACCAUCUUCAACCCCAAGCUCAGGGUGCCUGCACUUACACUAUAUGGCUUCCUAGCAGCCAGCAGUGUGUUGGGGAUUAAAGGUGUGAGUGUGCUGCUUGUACAUCUGGGGGUUUCCUUCUCAGUGGCCCAGCUGCGGAAGCCUACUUUGUCAUGGCUUUUUAACCUUUUGCUGAUUUCCACCCUUCACAUUAAGUCACUUCAAGACAUUCAGAGAGGCUGGUACAGCACGGAGGAGGAGUACUACCUGCUACUCUUCAGCGUUGCUAUGUGCGGCCUGCGAUUCAUCAGCUUCAGCCUGGAGCACUGCUGGAGCCCUUUAGAUCCGAGUGGAGUCGUGGAGCUCUUUUGGUUGUUUUCAUACACCUUCUAUCAUCCCCUCUUCUACAAUGGACCCAUUAUCACCUUCAAAGCCUACACAGAGCAGAUGCGAUGGUCUAUUGAAGAGAGGAGCAACAGAAGUGAACCUGCUCUUCGUUUCUUGUUACUCAGAUCGGGACGUAUUUUACUGUGGUGGUGUCUGGCAGAAUACAUGAUCCAUGUCAUGUACAUGCACUCUAUCCAGUCUAUUGAGACUUACAUAGAAAUUCUCCCUCCAUGGGCAUUGGGCGGUCUUGCUCUGGCCCUUGUUCAGUUCUUCUAUGUGAAGUAUCUGGUUCUGUUUGGACUUCCAUGCACACUCGCUGCUUUAGAUGAACUGGUUCCCCCAAAACUUCCUUCUUGCGUCAGCAUCAUGUACAGCUUCACAGGGAUGUGGAGGCACUUUGAUGAGGGGCUGUAUCGAUGGCUCAUCAGAUGGAGCGAGAGAGGAGGGACAGAUGAGGUCCUAGGUUUCCAUGGACGAGUUGAGGAUCCAGAGGAGAUGAGUUGGUCUACUAUUGCCCCACCGAUGCUCGCCUUCCUCUACUGUUUUGCUCAGAUUGGACUUGAGUGGACUUCUCACCCACCAUGAGUCACCUUGACUUUACAGCAAAGUGAGAACCCCUGCUAC